GCAACAUGGCGACGACCGUGACCGUCAAUUUUACCUGCGGCGGGCCCCGCGACAGCAUCGUCGCCGACCUCGCCGAAGAAAUCGCGUCCGUGCCUGUCAUCUUCUUGUGCUCGCUGGCCGGGAGCAUGCUACCCGUGCUCUCGUCGUACCUCGCCUGCCUCCGCAACAGCCGCAAGAUCAUGGAGUGCUUCAAUGCACUCGGCUUUGGCGUCGUCGUCUCGACCGCGUUCAUCCACAUCAUCCCGCCCGCGAUGCGGAACCUCGACAGUCCAUGCCUCGAUUUGCCGUACAAGGGCCUUGCCAUGGUCAUCGUGCUUGCGACGAUCUAUAUCAUGCAGCUGCUCGAGACCGAGCUCGUCAUUGCCAUGUCGCGGCCGUCGCCGUCCGAGAUGACGCUCUACGACGAUCCGCCCGCGAUGCUGGCCAAGGACGAUCACUACGACGACGCCGAGUCGCCACUCGAGGUGCGCCGCAUGACGCGCCUACCCGUGUCGACAACAGUGGCCCACGCCGUCUUGCGACAAAAGAUCACGGCCGUCAUCUUUGAAGUCGGUGUUGCGAUUCACUCGGUGCUCAUUGGCCUCGAACUCGGCGUGGCCGACGGCGACACGUUCCUAACUCUAUGGAUCGCGCUCUGCUGCCAUCAGUUCUUUGAAGGCGUCGCGGUUGGCACGUCGUCCGUCUCGGCGUUCUCGGGCUUCAAAGCAGCGCUUCGCACGGCCUUUCUUUUUCGCCCGACCUCGACCACUGCCCUGUGGGUGUGCGGUGUCUUGGAGGCGAUCGCCGGCGGCAUCCUUGUCUACACGGGCCUCGUCGAGCUCGUGACGUACCAAUAUACGAUCAACGCCGACUUUCAUGCCAAGUCGACGCCGCGCCGCACGUCCAUUUACGAUUUGAGCGUCCAAAUGUAA